AUGCCUCGUAAUAAAAUAUCUGAUAAUAUCGAAGGGGUCGUCAAAUAUCUUUUGACGAAAAAGUGUUCGUAUUCUGUGAUACAACAAGAAUUAUCUGAAAUGAAUCUUAAUGUAUCAAAAAGUACUAUUAGUCGUAUUGCUAACAAACUUGGAAAAGAGUGCCGGUUAGGUUUAUUAAAUAAUCAAAAACCAAAAUUUUAUCGUUGCCGUCAUGUAGCGACACCUGCAACUGUUCGUCGUAUUACGUCAUAUAUAAGUUAA